AUGAACCAUCCGAGUGCCGAUGACGACGACUCCCCUCGGAAAAUGUGGAUUGAAAUUGACAGUCAGAUUCUCAAUGCUCUGUUCUGCGUCACCGCGUUUGGACUCGCCCCUUUGCGCUUCCGCGAUUUGUACUGGUUCGUGCGAGCCGUUCACUUCAAAGACGAGACGGCUAUGCGGAAGCUGGCCAACCAGACCAAGUCCUGGUUUCGGCCGCCGCUAUGGGCUAGACAGAACGACGAGGCGACAACAGUCAAAACGACGUUUACGGGCCAAGUCGCACCGCCGACGCCCGUCUGGAAGCUGGGCUUUACCAUCUGGAUGAUGGUUUUGAAUACCUUGCUGCAGGCCGUCUUGUGUUUUUAUAUGUGGCACUAUGACCGUAUUGAUCGACCAUCAUGGGCAACGGGGACUUUCAUCGCCUUGGGCUGUGGCGUGGCUAUGUUGGCUGGUCUUAUGUCAUGGUGGGAAGGACGCAAGGUUAAAAAUAUUGAAGGCCCGGAGGUUACCGUAGUCUAA